ACGGUGGCUACAACGUGUGCCUCAUUCGCUUGAGUUUCAGUUAGAUUAUUCAUAAAUAAAACGCGCAUAAUGCAAAGUAAGCGACAAGUAAACAGUACAGGGACACAAUGAGUAUAUACCACGAUGAAGUCGAGAUUGAGGAUUUCGAGUAUGACGAGGAGGAAGAAAUGUACUAUUACCCUUGUCCGUGCGGCGAUCGAUUUCAAGUAUCCAAGGAAGAGCUAAUGGAGGGCGAGGAGGUGGCCACCUGUCCCAGCUGUUCCCUAAUCAUUAAAAUCAUCUAUGAUCCGGACAUGUUUAAGGCCGAGGAGGAUGAGUCAGCGGUCCUUAACGAAAAGCUGAGCGAUUUGAAGCUGGAGAAAAACUAGACAUUGGGUGGUGUUGCUAUUGUUUAAUUUUGUGUAAUUAAAUAGGUUUUUAUUUUUAUAAUUCCCUUUAUUGUAAAUAAUACGUUGACUAGUAAACAAUUAAUUUAAAUUAUACAUUGUUUGUGUACGCGCUUUUCGAUUUCUGUUGAUUAUCGUGUGGUUUACAUUUUAAAAUAUACAAAUGAAUUGUGAG